AUGAGUUCAAGAAUGGGUACUACCCCAAUGAAAUGGACACCAUUGCUUCCACUUUCUCCUUUGCCAAAACCAUCCAUUUCAUGGUUUUCAUGCAAACCAAUUUCCCUUCCCUCUCCAAUUUCUCGUCCUUUGUAUCAGAGAGGACAUGUCGCUGUCUCUGUUGCCUACAACCCCCAAGGCAACUUCGACCUCUCCUUGUUUGAUGAUGAUGAUGAACCUAAAGUUGCACCUCCUCUGCCACCAACUGAAGGCCGAUUUGAGGUUGUUAUUGACAAUGAUAUUAUUACUCGUAUUGACUUGUCCCCUUUUCAAGUUGCAACAGGCAUGAAAUCCCCUUUAUCUGUUAAACCAAAAGAGUUUCUUGAGCGCUCAAUUGGCUUCACCAUCAACUAUACUAGAGAAGAUCCCCAAGAUCCAAGAGAAUUAUCAGAGUAUCCUGAUAUUAGGGUAUGGUUUGUGAGACUUGAUGCUACCUAUCCAUGGUUGCCAGUUUUGUUAGAUUGGAGAGCUGGAGAACUGGCUCGGUAUGCAGCAAUGAUGGUUCCACACCAGAUGAAUUUGAAAAUGGGAAUUGUUUUCAACACAGAGGCAUUGGAACUGUUUGUUAUGAAGAAAGUUUUCAUUGUGUAUUCCUGGUUGAAGCAUCACAACAUUCCCAAACCUAAAUUGAAGGCAAAUGAUAUGGCCAAAAUGCUUGGAUUUAGAAUUGGAGAUGAAUUAUAUGACUUUGUUGAUAAGCAUCCACUUGAUCUGUCGUAA